AUGGCCCUUAGCGACCAAGAAAUUGCCCUUAGCGACGAAGAAAUUACCCUUAGCGAAGAAAUUACCCUUAGCCACGAAGAAAUUACCCUUAGCCACGAAGAAAUGACCCUUAGCCACGAAGAAAUGACCCUUAGCCACGAAGAAAUGACCCUUAGCCACGAAGAAAUGACCCUUAGCCACGAAGAAAUGACCCUUAGCCACGAAGGCUCCUACAAGGGCUGCGAGGUGACUCUGCUUCUCCCACCCAGGGCCACGCAAAUUCUGCGCGAGGACCUGGCCUACGGGGAGGAUGCCGUCCUCCGGGCAUGGAGAGGAUUGCACGGCAGCUGGCUCGAGGAUGCCAUCACCGUCCAUGAGCAGCAGGCGCCGUUGCUGGAAGUCCUCGGGUGCGGCCUCAACCUCUUCAAGGCAGACUGCUUCCUCACCCGGCAGCUGCAGCAGUGGCUGGCCCUGACGCUGGAGAGGCAGCUGCGGCUCCUUCUCACGAACUCGGAGCUCAAGGCAGAGGACGCGGAUCGGCUCUUCGAUGCCGUGGGCUGGAUGCUCUGGGAGACCGGACAUCGUGAGCUGGCAGGGGAGCUCCUACAGGAUGGGUUGCAGCUAACUUUGCAGUCCAUCUUCCCCAGCAACGCGGGGCGCGCCGCUGCGGCCAGCCGCCUAGAGGUCAACAAGGCCAUGACCAAUCUCGAGGUUUUCAAGCUGGCCGGCUCGCUCUUCGAGCAUGCGGGCGAGCAGGAUACACCUUCCAUCGCCACACUGCUCACCCACAUGGGUGUGGCCAAGGGCGAUGUCGGGGACCACCAAGGGGCCAUGGAGGCCUUUUGGCACGCGCGGCGCAUUCGCAAGGUCACGGGCACCCUCGAAACGGUGGCAGGUGCCGUGCUGCUGUGGAACAUGGGCUUCGCACUGGAGCAGCUCAGCGACUUCGAGCGGGCAUACGAAGCCUAUGAAGCCGCGAAGACGUUGCGCCGGGCCAGCGGUACCCUGGAGUCGGCUGCCGGCCUCCGACUCCAGCGCGCGCAGCUGAAGCUGGCCCGAGGCCUCCACAGCGGCGCGAACCAAUUCUCGAAUGGUGCGGAUCGGUCACCGCCCGAAAACUCGCCGCAGUCUAUGGUCUGGGAGCGGAUACGCUCGCCGUCGACCUCCCUGCGCUCGCUUGACACGCCACCGAAUCAGUUUCUUUGA